AAAAAUCUACUUAAUGGACAGACAACAAACAUAAUAACCUACCGGUUCAAUCCGUAACCGGUUUAGUAAUUUCAAUUUUGAUCACACCCGGUUUUGUCACCCCCUCUUUCUCUAUAUAUCCCCCACCAUGACCGACUCUGCAAGACGCGUCGUAUCAAAAAUAUUCGUAAAUCGUUCUUCUUCUUUACUCUCUCCUUCUCUCUCUCUCUCUCUCCAUCGAUCAUAAUGGGAAUAUGUGUGUCGUUCAAUCAGAAAAACCCAGAUACUUCGCCGACGGUGAAGAUCGUGACGGUUAACGGCGAUCUACGUGAGUACAAUGUUCCUGUAAUACCAUCUCAGGUUCUUGAAGCCGAGUCAGCAGCAGCUUCGUCGUCUUCGUCUUCCUCUAGACCUUCUUCUUACUUCAUCUGCGAUUCCGACUCACUCUACUACGACGACCACAUCCCGGCGAUAGAAUCCGAAACGCCGCUUCAGGCCGACCAGAUCUACUUCGUCCUACCGGUUUCUAAACGUCAGAACCGUUUAACGGCGUCCGAUAUGGCGGCUCUCGCCGUUAAAGCGAGCGUCGCGAUACAGAACUCCGUCGGGAAAGAGUCUCGUCGGCGGAAGAAGGUUAGAAUAUCUCCGGUGAUGAUGUUGACGGGUUCUAACGAUUCCGCCGGGAAUGAGAAGACGGUUAAGAAGGGAUCAAGGUCGGUUGUGAGUAAAACUGCGCCGUUUAAAGGUUCGGGUGGUUAUAACCGGUCCGGUUCGGCUCGUAAUUUGAGGAGAUAUACUUCGAGACGAGCUAAGCUUGCGGUUCGAUCUUUUAGGUUGAAGCUUUCAACCAUUUAUGAAGGCUCCGUCGUUUAGACCAUCUCGAAUCGUUUUCUCUAUUUUUUUCUAUAGAGGUGAGUUUUACCUAUUAGUGUUCUAUUUUUACCUCAAAAAUAAAGAUUGCUAUUUUUUUCAUUUAUUUAUAGAGUAACCUUUGUAAAAUAAAAUAGGGUUCUUCUGAAAAAAAAAAUAGCAAUCUCUAAUUUUAGAGAUGAAAAUAGAGAACCAUUGGAGUAAAACUUUCAUAAACUUACCUUUAUUAUAAAAUUCCUCUACUAUAGAGAUAAAAAUAGAGAACUAUUGGAGAUGUUCUUAGAAUGUUUUCAGUUUUUUAGGAAUAAAUAAAUAAAUUAGAAAAGAUAAAAGAAUGAAAACAAUAUUAGAAGAA